UUGCAGAUUUGAUUUAAUUUAUUCAAUUGAAAUACAAUCAUUCUCUCAAUGAUGAAGCUAAGUUUUGCAACCCUCCUUCUAGUGACACUUGUUCUUACUUCUUUCUUUAUUCCAGCUAUUAUCGCUGAUUCAGAUUUCUGUGAUUCAAAGUGCAAUGUUAGGUGUUCAAAGGCGUCAGCACAUGAUAGAUGCUUGAAGUAUUGUGGGAUAUGUUGUGCUGAGUGUAAUUGUGUUCCUUCUGGAACUUUUGGGAACAAAGAUGAGUGCCCUUGCUACAGAGACAAGAAGAACUCUAAGGGAGGCCCUAAAUGUCCUUGAUUUUACUCUUUCCCCCAAUUAUUUAAAUCCUUCAUGUGCCAUGUUUGUUGUGAAAUAAGGAUGAUAAACAAAAAUAAGUGAACAAAUGAGGGGUUUUUUUGUACAUUUUAUUUAUGUUAUCGUUGAAUAAAAUGAGCUUUUACGGUU